AAAAGAUGUACUAAUAGCUUCAAAUUCGGCAUAUUGCAUUAAUGUAUUUAGGUUACAUGUAUUUUAAUUUGUAUACAGUUACCAUAUUGUAAAAUCCCAAAGUGGGAAUACGCCCAAUCAACCCCAACACGCACGCAAUCUCGAAUCAUGUUCUUGAAUCUGCUACACAAUGAUUCGUGUUUCUUUUAGAUUUCUUAAUUAUUAUUUUUCUGUAUAUUAUAUUGCCAUAAAUAAAUAUUAUUUCUAUUUAAAUUAUAAGCUAAUUCGAGGAAGAACGAAGAAUAACGUUCAAUCACUGGACAAAACUUGUUGCAAAUCUAAACGUGUACUAAGACAUCGCGCGACUUCAUUCAAUCUCUUCAGGGACCACGAACAUUGUCACUUUGAGUCCACCGUGUAUCGAAAACGAAGUCGUGGACCUCUAAUUUUUACAUUUAAAUGGAGCCUCAUUACAUUUUUUUAAAAAAAAAUUCCUUAUCUGAAUUACUGGAAAAUGACAGAGUUUCAUCAAAAUCGGCCCAUCAAAUUUCGAGAAUGAACACAAUUCUGAAAGCCGCAUACAAGAGGAUAUACUCUAACGUUCUGCCUCAACUAGGAAAUAAUAAAUACAAAAAAUGUGCUGCGUGGAAAAAAAGAACAUUAAUGGAGCGUUAUCUUAUAUUGGUUAGUAUCGUAUUCUUUGUCGCCUUUAUCGUAUUAAGCGGAGUUCUCGUACAUUUUAAAAAUACCUUUAAAAGAAAUUCUAAAGAACCUGUAUGUCUCACUUCUGUAUGUAAAAAUGCAGCGGGAAGAAUAUUGAAUAAUUUAGAUUUCUCUGUACAUCCUUGUGAUGAUUUCUAUAACUUUUCUUGCGGAUCUUAUUUAAAAUAUAAAAAUGUUUAUGAAGAGAAUAUGAAUCCAUAUGAUGAAUUAAGUGGAUGGAUCAAACUUUUAAAAAAAGAAGUAUUAGAAAAGCCGGAAGAGCAAGACGAACCUCGAUUUGUCAGUAAAGUGAGGAAAUAUUAUCAUUCGUGUCUGAAAAAAUCUCCUUCUGUCAAAGAUCUUCUGAAAAUCUUUCUAAAUGUUACCGAAUUUAAUGAAUGGCCUCUCUCCAAAACCGAUUCUGUAGUAUUGGAAGAAACAAUAGCAAAGUCAAUUAUCUAUUUAAAUACAGGAUUUAUUUUUGAUGUGUAUACUUCAUAUAAAGAUGAUUUUUUCGAGUAUAUUGGACUUAUUCCCGCUGGAAUCACAAUAAACGAACAUGGAUUAUUAAACACAACUGAAGAAGAUUCUAUUCGAUUAAAAACGCAUUAUUUAGAUUUAUUUCGAUACGUUUUUUCAAAAUUAGAUUUAAAAGAUUCAGAAUCUUUUACAGAGGAAAUAAUUGAGAUGGAAACAUCUUUAGCUCAAAUUACGGAAAAAGAAAACAGUUCAAAUUCUACAAAAAAGACAGUUUUAGAAUUAGAGUCGGAAUGUCCUGAGAUAAAAUGGACAUCCGUCUUUAAACUUAUCUACGAUUACUUGGAUUAUUCGAGCAAUUAUAGCACGAAUCUUACGAUUAACGUAAACGAUAUGGAUUAUAUGAUCAGUAUAUGUGAAUUUGUAAAAGAAAAUGACCACAGGAUAAUGUAUAAUCUGAUUGUUUGGAACACUUUUGCCAAAUACUUAUAUAGAACCGAUUUUGUUUUUUCUCAACUCGUAAACAUUAUGGGAUUUGAUACUCAACUUCGUGUAACAGAAUCAAUGACUAAUAAAUUGAAAUGGAAAGUUUGUAUAUCAAAUUUCCAAUUUAUAUUUGAAUUUGGAGUACGUUUUAUGCUGUUAAAUACUCAAACCGAUCACUACGAUGAUAAAGUCAGAAAGAUGGAAAAUUACGCUAAACGGAUCAUAAAAGAGUCAGAAAAAAUAUUUUCUAAAGAAUCUUGGAUUGACGAUUACAGUAAAAACAUUACAAAAAUAAUGAUUGCUAAUAUGAAAUACGGAAUCGGAUACCACAAUUCUUCUUUGGAUAUAAAGAAACUUGAGAUGACUUUUGAUAAAAUAAAUAUCGGCGAUAAUUAUUUAGAAAAUAUUCUUAAUACAAAAAAAUACCAAUUUUCCGAUUUUUUAUUCAAUGGAAUAAUAAAUCAAAACUUCAAUAAAGAGGAGACAUUUAAUCCUUUUAUAGUUAACGCUUUUUACUUUGGAAAACGCUUUAAGGGAAGAUUUAUUUUACCUUUGGGAAUAAUGCUUCCGCCAUUUUAUUCUCACGAUGCACCGAAUUAUCUUAAUUACGGAGGAAUUGGAAGAAUUAUCGGUCAUGAACUUUCGCAUAAAUUCGAUGAUCUAGAAAUAAACGAGACAGAAGAAGAAGAAAAUGAAAAUAACGAAACAAUAAUAUGGCCAAAAGAAUUUCUAGAGGAAUAUACGAAGAGAAAACUUUGUUUAAUUAAUCAAUACUCCAAAUUUAUCCUGGAAGGAAAUGUUACGAUUGACGGAAAUAGUUCAAUUAGAGAUAAUAUCGCUGACAAUAGCGGAGUGAUUCAAGCUUAUUGGGCAUAUGAUAAUUAUCUUAAAGAGCAUGGAUUAGAGCCCAAUCUUCCAGGACUUGACUUUAGCAACAGGCAAAUGUUCUUUAUUGGAUAUGCACAGGUUCAGAAAAUAGAACGAUUUUCGGUACUGCUCCCAUUGAAUAAUACGUUGCAUGAUACGAAGUGUGAGAGAUUGGAAUCUAUGAAGGAAUCUUACGAUCAUUCAUCGCAUAGUCCAGGAAGAUAUAGGGUACUUGUUCCUCUUAUGAAUUUUCCAGAAUUCUCCAAAGUCUUCAAUUGUCCACUGAAUAGUUAUAUGAAUCCAGAAGAGAAAUGUAAAUUAUGGGGUUGGAAAUAACAAUUUUGAAUGUAAAGCUAAACUUUAAGGAAUAUAAUUUUAACAAUUUCUUUAAAAAAUUAUACUCCGAUUAAUAUCAGAACUAGAUGCAACGCAAAUUAAUUCUAUAAAAUUUUAUAAACAGAUAAUACAAAUACCAUUUAAAAAAUGUAGUUUAA